GGGAGGGGGGGGGGAUACAACUCCGUAGAGAGAAGAGAGAGAGAGAGAGAGAGAGAGAAGAAUGGGGAGGGCUUCAGCAGCUGCAGCAUCUUCGUCGUCGAAGAAAAGUUCAGAGCCAGAGGUCUUAGAGCGGAAGAGACUGAAGAAGCUGGCAUUCUACAACAACCUCUUAUCGGAGACUCCAGCCAAGACCAAUUCACCUCUUAACCCAUCCAAGCUCGUCUUGAAACACCACGGCAAAGAUAUUCUUAGGAAAUCUCAAAGAAAGAAUCGCUUCCUCUUUUCCUUUCCUGGUCUACUUGCUCCAAUUGCUGCCGGUGGCAAGAUUGGAGACCUCAAAGAUUUGGGAACUAGAAAUCCCAUUCUCUACCUCCAUUUUCCCCAGGGUGACAUGAAGCUGUUUGGGACCAUUGUCUAUCCGAAGAACAGAUAUUUAACGUUGCAAUUCUCUAGAGGAGGCAAGAAUGUUUUGUGUGAAGAUUACUUUGAUAGCAUGAUUGUGUUUUCUGAGGCUUGGUGGAUUGGAAGGAAAGAAGAGAACCCGGAAGAGGCCCGACUUGAUUUUCCCAAGCAAAUGUUUGAGAGACAGGGACAAGAAGAUGAAUAUGACUUUAAGGGUGGGGCAGGAGCAGCAUCUGUAAAUAAGCAAGUUGUUCACAAAAGUGGCUUUAAAUAUGUAGAGGAUGAGUCCCCUGACACUGAGCUUGAAAAUGAUUUAUCUGAUGAUAAAAACAAUUUGAAAGAUAUGAAGGAAACUGCACAAAUUCGACAUUCUGGGAGAACUGCUGGGAAAACUUUCAACAGGUUUGCAGAAGCUUCCUUUGGAGAUGAUUCUGUUGAAAGCAUUGUGGCUGAUGUAGCUAAGGAAGAAGGAGAAGAAGAAAAGAAUGUAAAAUCCAAUACUUCUUCCACCAUUGUUGACUUUGACAAGGAGGGUGCUAUUGAAGGGAAUUAUGUUUUCCAAAAAGUUCAAGCAUGUGCUGUUUCAGACACCAAGUUUAAGAAGCUCCCAGAAUCUGCUGUCAUAACAUUAUCUAAUAAAGAUUCUGAUUCACACGCUAAUCAUGGUUCGCUCGUUCAAGCUACCACAUCUACAUUAUUCAAUAAAGUGCAUGAUAAACGGAAAGUAGAAGAAAAGAAUGAGCCAAGAAGUUCAAGGAAAUCUCCAUCAUCAAAAGCUUCUGGUCGGAAAGUGCAGCUUGCUGGAAGGAAAAGGAAGAUAGAUCAGGCUGGAGGACCUAGAAAAAGAGGGAAAGUGACUGAAGGGAAAAAAUCUGGGACAGUAACGGAGGCAAAGAUGAAAGUAUAUGAGGUUGAAGAUGACGAUAUUGAAGAAUUCUCAAGCUCAACACAGUCUCCGGAUACCGAUGAAAGCGAUGAAGAUUGGACAGCUUAAGAUUAGAGUUCAACUGAAGGACGAAAAUCCCAAUCCAAACCUCAACAUUAUAUCCUAUCUGAAUCUAAAAUCCAAUGGUUUGUGUACGAAGGCUUGAUGAACUUCAGAUUUUUUUUUCUUAAAUUUUUUAAUUUUUUUUCUCCAAAUGAAAUUGUGGAACGCAUUUUUGUUUUGGGAGAAUCUAAUUUUUGUAUUCAUCAUAAUUUUAGAGAUAUAUACAAGAGCUCCUCUUUAUAUACAAAAGUAGAAUAGGAAACUAGAUAUAAUAGGAAGCGAAUUGAAAUAGGAAUUCACUGAUUAUUCUCUGAACCAUGUAUUGCAUUUAUCAUGGAAUUCAUUCAAUUAUGGGAUUCCCAUACUUUUUCUCAAA